AUGAUUAACAACGAAAAUACAGCAAAACAAACGGCGGUGCGACGCGAGAGGGGAGCAAGGCGCGGCAGUCUGAGCAACGCCGCUGCUCGCGUCCGUCGCGUAUCAGUCGCCGCAGCGACAUUUGAAAAUCGAUGCUCGAUCCGCAACCAGCGUCGGACAGCACUCUGUAAAACCCGACACCUAAUGACCUACCCCAUACGCUUUUCGGCUGUAACCCAACUUUCACUGCAAAUGCGUCGUUCGCCCGCGUUCAUCAACAAUUGA